GCGAUGUCUUCAUCGCAGAUGGCCCAAUUGUUUGCCGAGGUCUCAAGCACCUUCACAGACAACUUGUGCACUAUCGCAGGAUCAGUUGUCUUUCUGUAUGAUUCACUUAUUACCACAGGUGACGAGAUCCAGUGCUUCUGGGGGAGGAAGGUUACCGGGGCAGCCAUUCUGUUCUACUUGAAUAAGUACAUGAAUACGCUCUACUUGGUCUGGGGCCUUGCCACAUUUUUGAAGUUAUCAGAUGAGAGCUGCACUAUCUCCACGAAGGGAGGAACAGUCGUGCAAGUCUUGAACUACUUUGUUCAGGCAGUUUUCACUGGCAUACGCGUCUAUGCGCUUCAGAAAGGCUUACUUCUCUCCUGCGUUACCUUCUGCCUCUCGGCAGUGCCUGUUGGAAUGAGCUUUGCGGAAUACUCCUUUGGAGUCACCGGCGAGAACAUAUUCCCAUUCGGAUGUAUGGGAGUGUACACUGGCCCUGCGGGACUCGCGAAAAGAGGUGUUGUGAUAUCCCGUUCAUGCAUGAUUGCGGCAGACUGCAUCGCCAUCGGGGCAACAUGGUUUACGCUACCCCGGCGCCGCGGCCUCGGCCAUGCAAAUCUGUUGAAGGGCACCAUCUCAGAUGUUCUUCUGGUAGAUGGGACCGUCUAUUUCUUCAUCCUUGCAAUUCUUGGUUGUCUGCACCUGACAUUCACCAUGAUCUCGCUUGCUGUACCUUCGCUACAAGUUACUAGCGUCUUCGGCGAUUUCACACCCUCGAUAACGGCCAUCCUCAUCUCUCGAUUCCUUCUGCACCUACAAUCUGCCAGCAUUGGGGCCAUGGGUGCGGGAGCUUCGCAAGCUUUGACGUCUCACAAUAGCUCUGUGGUCUUUGAGCGAGCCAUCGGUUCACUGGCGGCAUCAAUCACUCUAGACGACUACUUCCUACAUCAAGGUGUGCCGGAGUGUAGCGAUCAACACGGUGACGAAGAGAAUGAAGGCCGUACAUCGAUAUCGUCUCGUGACGGCUGAGUCGCGUCGGGAAACAUGCCGCGAAUUGAGGAGUUUAGUUUGGGAGUCCCCGUCUCUGUAUGCGUAUGGAUGCACUGUGGUCUUUUACAUUUGUUCCACAUUGAUCACGAAGCACUAUUCUAU